UCGUUUUGAAUUACAGGUCACUGAAUUACGGAUCACUUUCUUACGCUUGGUGUUUCAUCCACAUUGAUAAAGGAUAUCGGAGGAGAGUAAAAUGGAUGUCAAACGCAUCAUUCUCGAAGGGAUGAAAUCGCAUUCGGUGCUAUCGAUACUCUUAGGCAUGUCGCUGUAUGUCAUCUAUUCGAUUGUUCCAUACUCUUCAUCCAAUAUUCCUACCAAAUCAUUACUGCCGACUUACGAUUUCAUAAUCGUAGGCGGUGGUUCAGCAGGAACCGUUAUGGCGAAUCGCUUGUCCGAGGUGGAAGAUUGGGACGUACUCCUGCUGGAAGCAGGUGCCGAUGGAAGUGCUAUGUAUGAUGUUCCUACUCUUGUCGCCAAUUUGCAACGAUCUAAAAUCGAUUGGAAUUACACGACGGAACCGAAUGAAAAUUACUGUCUCGCGAUGGAAGGCGGUCAGUGCCGCUGGCCACGUGGCAAAGUACUCGGGGGCAGCAGUGGCAUAAAUUACAUGCUUUACGUCCGCGGUGCCAAAAAAGAUUACGACAUCUGGGAACAGCAAGGCAAUCCAGGAUGGUCGUAUCAGAAUGUGCUGCCUUAUUUCUUAAAAUCUGAAGACAAUCGAAAUCACAGCUACGCCAAAACACCGUAUCAUUCAACCGGCGGGUACUUAACCGUCGAAGAACCACGAUGGCACACUCCUCUGGCCGCUGCGUUCAUUCAAGCCGGCAAAGAAAUGGGUUACGAGAAUCGAGAUAUUAACGGAGAACGGCAUACUGGCUUUAUGAUUCCUCAAGGCACCAUCAGAGAUGGUAGCCGCUGCUCCACGGCGAAAGCCUUCUUGCGGCCAGCCAGGAUGCGGAAAAAUUUACACGUCGCCAUGGAAGCGUAUGUUACCAAAAUUUUAAUAGAUCCGUCAACGAAAAGGGCUUACGGCGUAGAGUUCAUUAGAGACGGGGAAACGUUGCGCGUACAUGCCAACAAAGAAGUGAUCGUUUCCGGUGGAGCUAUUAAUAGCCCCCAGUUGUUGAUGCUGUCAGGAAUAGGACCUAGAGAACACUUAUCGGAACACGGUAUACCAGUGAUUCAGGAUUUAAGAGUGGGCCACAAUCUUCAAGACCAUAUAAGCGGGGGUAUUAUGUUCUUAGUGAAUGAAGAAGUUUCAAUCGUACAGAGCAGACUGAUUAAUAUUAACUAUGCCCUAGAGUACGCUAUAUCCGGAGACGGUCCUUUGACAACCUUAGGAUUUAAUGAAGCACUAGGUUUUAUUAAUACCAAAUAUGCGAAUGCCUCCGACGAUUUUCCAGACAUACAAAUACAUAUGUGGUCAACGGGGGACUACUCCGAGAGCACUAGAAAGAUUUUUGGAUUGACGAGAGAAUUCUAUGAUGCCGUAUAUAGAGAUGUUCACAAUAAGGACGGGUGGAGUGUGUAUCCUACCCUUUUAAGACCUAAAAGUAGAGGAAUUAUCAAGCUUCGGAGCAACAAUCCUUUCGAUCACCCAUUGAUUUAUCCAAAUUAUUUCAAGGAGCCAGAAGACAUGGCCACAUUGAUCGAAGGAGUUAAAUUUGUACUCGAGAUGAGUAAAACUGUUUCGCUUAGACGUUACGGCAGCAAACUGAAUCCGAAUCCAUUUCCUGACUGCAAGCAUAUCCCAUUGUAUAGCGACCCGUACUGGGAGUGCAUGAUCAGAUCUUUCCCCUUAACUAUAUCACACCCUGUGGGUACUUGUAAGAUGGGGCCAAAGUCGGACCCAAAAGCGGUGGUUGAUCCUUGGCUUCGAAUUUAUGGAAUUACUGGACUUCGAGUUAUAGACAGUUCAAUUAUGCCAAAUUUGAUCAGUGGCAAUGCCAAUGCGCCGACUAUCAUGAUCGCAGAGAAGGGUUCCGAUAUGGUCAAAGAGAAAUGGUUGAUGGAAUUAGACGUAUAUCAAUAGUUGCUUUUGUAAAUUAAUUUUAUGCACCUACUUGUACUAUUACGUGCA